UGGUGCAGAGUAAACAACAAUCAAUUAUAAAAACAAAUGUGGGUAGCAAAUAAAACUUUACAAGUACGUUGGCUCUGUGAAUUAAGAUCUUCACACUUUCAUAUUCCGUGGUGGGAUGGUUUUAAAAUGGCAAAUUACUUAGAAAUAGCAAGUUCCACCGAUUCUGAAUGGAUUGAAGUUUUGUGUAAGGAAUACCAAAGGGAAGUAAGAGAAUACGCCCGCUGGCCGGUGCUACUUUUACAAUCAAAUGCUCGGAGACUCGUGUGGGCAAUAAGUGGAGUUCUUGGAGUCGCUGCCAGAGGUGUGCCAGGUAGCUCCUGCAGACUACUGGAGCAUUACCUAUCACGGAAAAUUGAACAAUUCUUUCAACAAUCUCGCAAUACUGAAGAAUGGGAUGCAUACAAGAAUAGGCUGGCUGCCAGGUUCAUCCUGCUGGCUGUGUCCUGCAUCCAGUUGACGGCCAAGAUGCAGGAUUUGAUGGCACCUCUCACCGCGUCCUUGGUGCGAUCCUCUCUCAUGAAGGAGGGUAUCGACCUCAGCAGAGAGGACAUAGUCGCUAUGGAAUUCCACGUUUUUCGUGCUGUAGAUUUUACGUUGCCCCUUUGGACAAGUCUAGAAAUAUCAGAAUUCCUGGCGACUCAAGUGGGGCUAGUGAAGCGGUCAAUUUUGGAGGCAGUGGGGCUCAUAACGAAUAUUACGGAGUUCUACCGGGACGAGCUGGAAUUACAAAUGAAGGGCUGGUUGACUCGCAACCCAGCCGGCACUCCAAUAACUACAGCACCACAGAGACCCAGUCCAGACAGUGUGACUAUACACAACUUGCACAUGUGCGCAGGGGUCGUGCUAGCCACCGCUCGCUACUUUCGCUCACAGUUUCCCGACCUCGUCCAUCGUAUGGCCAUCUUGAUCAGGACUAUACCCGAUUACAUACAAGCUAUUUCUGACUACGUACUCAAUAAUGUUAUUGAGGAUACAUACGUGCCUACCCUCAAAAAGAGACGCCUUAGGUAGAUUUACGUCUUAGGUUAAGGUAUUAAAUAGUUUUACGCAACAAAAAUGUAAAGUGUUGUGAGCCAAAUGGUAUGAACACUAUAUUCGUGUUAAGAUUGGACAUUAAAGAAACCUUUUUUACUAUCUUUUGAAACCAUUUUAACGUAUAUUCCGUAGAUAUAAGUGACGACUGACUGACCUCUAUUAAGAGUUCAAAUUUGAUUGAACGGACAGUAAAAAAGGUUUACUUAAAUAUCUAACGAAGUAUAGUCUAGAUAUUGUAUAAAUAGAAAUGGAUAGAAAAAUCCAUCCAUAUUGCACUCCCCAAGUUACGUAUGUCUAAGAUUUUUAACGAGCUUCAAGCCCGUACAUUUAUUUUUCUAUUCAAUUCGACCAGUUUGUGAAAAAUUGUCUACAUUCACGUUGUGCUUGUAUCUAUAGAAAUUAGCAAACGGCUCAAUGUGGUUUAGACAGAGAGGGCGAUUAAUUGACAUAUGUAAUUGAAAUUAAAUGAAUACACAUUAUAAUGAUUGUUAGAAUAUUUCUUAUAUGAGUAUUAGUUUCAUGUUAAUUAUAAUGACUGGAUUAGGGGCAAAAAUAUUUGUAGAUUCAACAAUUAUUCCAUUAAACAUUAAAAUUUGACUGCACCAGUGACUUUGUGACUCCAUACAUUUAUAUGGGUUUACAAAGUUAUUAAUGCAGUUGAUUUAUCUAAAAAACUGGACAGACUUUACAAAAUAUUAGAUUUUUCCCUGAUGUAGGUACUAAAUUCAGGCUGCUUGUUUUAUCCACAACGGAGUUAUAGAUGGUCGAAAUUGGCCUGAAUGGCUUUGAGAAAAGGAUGGUAUGGCCGUGCCGCUUUUUUUGCUCGACUUGACGGGGGCACUGCCGUGCCCCCAGAUUUUCCUAGACUUAAACUCAUCUUAAGGUUUCAUACAAGGUUUCAUGUAUCCUUUAUUUAGAUAUGUAACAGAAAUAACACCAUACGUGUUUUAUUAUUAAUCUUAUUACUUAUUAUUAAUACUUAAUUAUUCUAUUAUUAAUAAUUAUUAAUUACAAUACUAAUAAUUAAUUAUGAUUACUUAAUUUGUAACAACAGUAAGAUAUUAAUCUAAAAAUACUAUAGAAGUACGUAUAUUAUAUUACUUUUCAAUACAACGGUAUUUAGGCAGUAAGAGAGAGAUAUAUAAUUUAUCUAUACAACUACAUGUAUUUGUCUUUAACACUGUUUUGUGAUACUACAUUCAACAAUUUACAUAUUUCGUAAAAAAAAUCUUCUAUAAAUACUAUUCUCCUAAUACGACCUUCUUGUAAGGUUCGUGUUACAAUUUAUUUUACUUAAUACAUAUGUAAUUUAAGUUAUUUUAGUAUAAUAGUGAAGUAUAAUUUUGGACAAAUUCAUAAAAUAUGCAUAAAAAUGUAUCCUAUUUUUGAACAUUCGGUUACGCACAGUGUUAUAUUAAAAAGCUAUUUCUUUAGACGGCACUUAUUUCAAUAUUGAAAUAUAGCAAUACAUUAUAUUUUCACCCAUUUCCAAAUAUUUUUGAAAUAUAGGCAGGCCUAUAUUUUGCAACAAAUACAUAAGAAGGUAAGAAACGAUCUGAUCUGUAUGUAAGAAAAAUUUAACUAAUUUGUAAGUGUUCGUUCCGUAGAAACUAUUUAAAAUCUAUAUAUUAAUACGUGAUGCAAAAACUUUGGACCGCUUUUUACGAAAAUUGCGCGGACGUAGGAGCAUAAAAUUUGGUACAUUUAUAGUUUAUGUGUGGGAGAAGUGCAGAACGCUAAUAUUUUUCAAAAAUAAUGCUUAUAAAGUACAUUAAAUCAAUAAAUAAAACAUUACACACAUAUGCAUAGUAUCUGAUCGUAUUUGACAAAACGUCAAAAUCGAUAGACAUUGCGAUGAUAUUCUUACGUCUCAUAUGAAUAGAGUUUUAUAAAAGAGUUUGUUUGAGUUUGAGUUAAAUAAAAAUUAUCCUUGAACGUGUGUUAAGUGGUAUUGUAAAUUAAAUCGUAUAUGGUUGAAUUUCGACCACUAGGCGACCGCUAGUGAUAAUAAUAAUAUAUGAUAAAUUUCCGCCAAACAUUACAAAAAUUGUAUCCCUCGUUUAAUUCUAUUCUAUUUAUAAAUAAAAUCAGUAAUUUUC